AUCACGACUCCCAUCCCAUCUUUUGCUCCUCAUCCUCUCUUCUUCCUCUCAUCCUCCUGUUCCCCUUCAUUUUCACCUUUUCCCUCUUUUUGCUCUUUUCCUCUCCUCUCCUCCCAUCUCUUCUUUCCUUCCCUCUCCCCCAUGGCCGAUCACUUCAGAUAAUUCUUACUGGUGACACCUUUUCCUCCAUCCAUUUCUCAGAAACAACAGACACACGGAGAAAGAUUAAGCAGGAAAGUGAGGGAGGAUUGGAGAAGUAGCAGGUGAGAGAAAGCCUGAUGAGAAAGAUUAAGGGAAAAAAGAGGGAGAGAGACACAUAACAAGAAAGAAAAGCAGGACUGGAAAGGCAGUAGGUCAAAGAGUGUUAGAGAAAGAUAAGGGAAAGAGAGAGAGAGAGAGAGAGAUUGUGUUUGUAUUAAUGUGUGUGAGAGAGGGAGAGGGAAAAGGAUGGGGAGAGAAAAGGAGAGAUGGAGGGAGGAGGGGUUUAAUCCUGCCUGGAUUAUGGUAUAAACUGGUACUGGAGAGCAGGAAGAGAUAUGCUGGAGAGAGAGAGAGAGGAAGUCCCACUAUCUCUCCAUCCAUCACUCCAUCCACCUUACUCUCUAUCCAGUAGCGUAUUUGUGCCCCAGUGCUGCGCAAGUUUGGUUCUGGAUCCACGAGGAUGUGAGGUCAGAAGGAGGGACGGCAGAAUAAUCUGAAGUUGCAGCAGGAUUUUCUUUUGGCAGUGUGAGUGUGUGUGUGUUGGAUAGUGUGUGUCUUGGGAAUACCACACUGCCUGACAACAAGGACUGAACUCGUGUGAAGACAGAAGUUUACCAGGACAUCCCAAGUCUUCCUGGCAUCCUGUAGAUCCAAGAGAGGGGAGCAUGGAGGAGAGAAGAGGAUGACGGGAGGAGUAGAAAUUGGAUUAAGAGGCGUAGAGAGGGAGGUGUAAGAAUAUGGCGAGACUCUGUUGUGACUCCUGGUGCGAAGAAGUGACCUUUGACAUUGAAGACAAACACUUUCCAGACUUUUGUGUGUGCCGGGACAUCCAGCUCAGCUGACAUCAAAUCAGCAAUCGGACACUUUUUUAUUCAUUAUCAGUCAUCUUUGAACUUUCUGUCAAGACCCGCAUGCCUCAAAGGACUGGUUUUAAAGAUUUGGCAACAUGACAUAUGUGCAACAAUAGCUUGGACUGAUGCAGAUCGCAGCAGCUGCAGGGAUGAACCGCUGGGGUCUGGGAAACGCUGGGAAUGCCUGUAAAUCGGGCAGAAGUGGGCCGCACAGGGGGAGGCUGAUGAUCCUGAUGUGGAUAAUCUUCUUCAGCUCGCUGUGCCUGAUGGUCGACGGCCAGAUGAAGAUCCCACCAGAAACGGUGCAGCAGUGGGCCGUGUCCUUUGGCAAAGACAUAGCUGCCCUGUCCACCAGAUACUCUGGAGCUAAACUGCUACAAAAGAAAUACAAAGAUGUUGAGAGUGUGGUGAAGAUGGAGGAGGUGGACGGAGAGGAGCUGGUGAAUAAGUUUGCAGAGGAGAUGGAGGGGAUGCUCGGGAGGAAGAUGAAGUCUGUGAAGAGGUUAGCAGAAGCAGCAGAGGAUGCAGAUCUUUACCACGAGUUCAAUGAAACACUGGAGUUUGACUAUUAUAACUCCCUGCUGGUCAACAUGGUGGAUGAGGAUGGGAACCCACUGUCGCUGGGAGGAGAAUUCCCUCUGGAGGAAAAUGAACACUUCAAUAAACUGCCAGUCAACACACAACUGAGUAACAUACAAGUCCCCACUAAUGUCUACAACAGAGAUCCAGAUAUUCUUAACGGGGCCUAUAUGUCCGAGGCUCUGAAUGAUGUGUUCAUCGAUAACUUCCAGAAAGAUCCAACUCUCACGUGGCAGUACUUUGGCAGCUCUACAGGCUUCUUCAGGCUGUACCCAGGGAUCCAGUGGAUUCCAGAUGAAAAUGGUGUGGUCACCUUUGACUGCAGAAACAGAAAUUGGUAUAUCCAAGCAGCCACAUCUCCUAAAGAUGUGGUCAUUGUGGUGGAUGUCAGUGGCAGUAUGAAGGGUCUCAGACUGACCAUAGCCAAACACACCAUCAAUACAAUCCUUGACACACUGGGAGAAAAUGACUUUGUUAACAUCAUAGCAUACAGUGACUACAUUCGUUAUGUGGAGCCCUGCUUCAAGGGCACACUGGUACAAGCUGAUCUGGAUAACAGAGAGCAUUUCAAGCUUUUGGUCGAAGGCCUUCAUGUCAAAGGAGAGGGCAAAGUGAAAAAAGCUAUGAAGGAAUCUUUCAAGAUCCUCAACGAGGCUGCAGCACUGGGCCAGGGCAGCCUGUGUAACCAGGCCAUCAUGCUGAUAACAGACGGGGCCAUGGAGGACUUCCAGGAUGUUUUUGAAGAGUUCAACUGGCCAGAACGACGGGUUCGAGUGUUCACCUAUCUUAUUGGACGAGAGAUGACGUUUGCUGAUAAUGUCAAAUGGAUUGCCUGCAACAACAAAGGUUACUACACACAUAUCUCCACGCUGGCUGACGUCCAGGAAAACGUUAUGGAGUACCUCCAUGUUCUCAGCCGACCUAUGGUCAUCAACCAUGACCAUGACAUCAUAUGGACUGAGGCGUAUAUGGACAGUGUGUUGCCAAACACAGAAAAGCUGUUCAACACUCAGGCCCAAAGCUUGCUCCUGAUGACCUCUGUCGCCAUGCCUGUGUUCAGCAAGAAGCAAGAGACUCUGUCUCAUGGGAUUCUGCUGGGAGUGGUAGGAACUGACGUGGCCCUAAGAGAACUGAUGAGAUUAGCGCCAAGAUAUAAGUUGGGUGUCCAUGGUUAUGCCUACCUCCUCACUAACAAUGGCUACAUCCUCUCUCAUCCUGACCUUCGACCCCUGUACAAGGAGGGGAAGAAGCUAAAGCCAAAACCCAACUAUAACAGUGUUGAUCUGGCAGAGGUGGAAUGGGAGGACACUGAGGAAAAACUGAGGACAGCCAUGGUUAAAGGAGAAACUGGAACAUUAUCUUUAGACGUGAGAACUACAGUGGAUAAAGGAAGGAGAGUGAUGUUCUUGAAGAAUGAUUACUUCUACACCAUCAUCAAUGAGACGCCAUUUAGUCUGGGUAUAGUCUUAACUAGGGGACAUGGAGAGUACAUCUUCAUAGGCAACGUCUCUGUUGAGGAAGGUCUUCACGACUUAAUGGCUCCAGAUCUGACCAUAGCCAACGAGUGGACAUACUGUGAGACAGACAUUGACCCAGCCCAUCGCAAGCUGACCCAGCUGCAAGCUGUAAUAGGAUACCUCACUGGCAAAGAACCAGAGUUGGAGUGUGAUGAGGAGUUGUUGCAACAAACUCUGUUUGAUGCUGUGGUCACGGCCCCUAUGGAAGCUUACUGGACCACCCUUAUGCUCAACACAUCUGGUAUGGUCGAGGGGGUAGAAACAGCAUUCUUGGGAACCCGUUCAGGCCUGAUGAGAUUCCAGUGGUACACUGGUAUGGAGAAAAGAGUUGGCAAGUCUUUCCUGACCUCCACAGACAAGGAGAAUAUGUUCACGUUGGACCAUUUCCCAGAGUGGUACCGUAGAGCAGCUGAGUACCCAGCUGGACAGUUUCUAUACUACUUGCCCAGACAGGACACUAGAGCAGGGAGAAUUGUGAUUUCUACCACUGCUGUCACUCUGACGGUGGGCGCGAAAACUGCCAUCGCUGGAGCCAUCGGCAUCCAGAUGACUCUGGCCAUGAUCGAGUCCAGAUUCUGGGCCAUCACAGUACAGCCAAAUGACACAGAUUGCUCUAACAUAGAGGGGAUUUGUCCUCUUCGUUGUGACAGCAUUGAUAUCGACUGCUUUGUGAUUGACAAUAAUGGCUUUGUCCUAGUUUCGAAACAGCGCAAUGAUGCGGGGAGGUUCUAUGGCGAGGUUGACGGAUCAGUGAUGACCACACUGAUCAGGAUGGGCAUGUUCAAAAGGGUGUCCUUGUUCGACUACCAGGCCAUGUGUAAGAUGAACUCACACUCUGUCAGCAGCUCCCGUCCACUCCUCAGCCCUUUCUAUGGUUUGGCUUCAGCACUCAAGUGGUUCCUCUCCAACUUCCUACUGUUUCUCUUGGAGUUUAAUAUCUGUGGCUUGUGGCACAUGGAGCAUUUUGCUGAUGCCAAGCCAUCUUUCAGCGUGUCCUCAGCUCAUAAGAAAAAAGGGGACAUCCUGCAGCCGUGUGACACCGAGUACCCCAGCUUCGUUUACGAGCCGUCAGUCAAAGAGACCAACAGCAUUAUUAAGUGUGGACGCUGCCAGAAGAUGUUUGUGGUGCAGCAAAUACCAGAGAGCAACCUUUUGAUGCUGGUGGUUCAGGCGGACUGUGACUGCUCCAGACAGUACGGACCGCUCACCUUGGAGCCCAAAGAAGUCAAAUAUAACGCCUCAGUAAAGUGUGACAGGAUGAGGUCGCAGAAGAUUCGCAGACGGCCCGAGUCCUGCCACGCCUACCACCCGCAGGAGAACGCCAAUGACUGCGGACGGGCUUCUUUCAUAUCUCUCUCAGCCUCUCUCUUCAUUAUCUGUGUCUCCUUCUUGGCACUUGUCUCCUGAUGAUGGACAACUCUGCUGUUUCAUAUAAAGGAGGAGAUUGGAAUAAAUCAAGAGAUGUGUUUGGACACUGGACACCUCAAGUGGAUUUUUUAUAAAAACAAAUCUAAUCCUGCACAAUUUGCUCAUGACAACCACAAGCCUGGUCCCUCCUGAUGGACGUUUCAUGUGCUUUAUGAGCAUUUGUUGGUUAAUACAUAGAAAUCAAUAAAUCUGAAGUGAAGACUGCAAAGAAAGCAAUUUAAUCGACUGUUGUUGCCAUGGAUACUUUUCCUUUAGUUACAUUCUCACAUACCACUUUGGAACUUAAAAUCAAAUGGGAUUAAAGAGAUGCAGGUGGUGGCUAUGAUGUGCAUUGGUAAAAGGGGAUUGUGAGUCACAAGAUGCAACAUAACAAAGUCCAAGGGGGAAAAAAUGUUUCUCAUUUCCCAUAUCGCACUAUAUUGUGUGUGGCAGACACACGUGCAUAUUAUAUAUGCGGCUGCAAGCGUGCACACCACCAAAACACACACAUCUGAUAUUAAUCAUCCACAUUACUUUAUUUACAGACUUUGCUUUUUUUUAAUGUUGAAUAAUAUCCACUGAGAGAAGGGCUACAGCAACAUGUGGGGAAACAUUGUUGUGUUGCUGGUGAGAGUCAUGUUUUAUAAGAUUGUUUGCAAUAUUAAUGGAUGAUGGACAAUGGAUGAGAGUAUGGCUCAGUGCCUAGGAAGUGAUCACAAUGGAGUUAGACAGAAUUUAAGGUAAGUAUACAAAUGUAAUAAAGAUCAUAAGAAUGGGGAUCUUGGGGAUCUCAUUUUUGAGUUUAUACUUUGAUGAUUUCCCAAAAAUAUUUGUUUCUUUAAAAGAUGUCUGUCUGCCUUUCUGUCUUUAUCAGCUGUGUCUUUCUCUGUGUUUGUACAUACUGUCUGUAAUUACUUUUGUCUGUUCGGCUGGACAUGUAGAAACUGCAACUCCCACAGAGCGUAGAUCAACGAUCAGCAUGGAUAACACAAUGAUAGACUAAGGUUCAAAAUGUAUUCACUUUUUUUUUUUUUUUUUGAGAUUUAAAAAAAAUGCAUAUACAUGGUUUCAGUCUGCAUGUGUUUACCACAAAUGAUUAUUUGCACUUUUACAAACAUAUGUGAAACAAAGAAUUUUACUUUAAUGCGUUUACUUGAGACUGCGGUUUUGUAAACCAUCAAUGUCAUGCAUCUGCUACUUAUUUCUGCCAUAAAUAACUAUAAGAUUUAAUAAUUUCAUGAUAAAUGCAAAAUAAUAGGUAGCACUCACUCUGAGAAACAACAUUCUCAUAAUUAUGGAAGAAACUUAGUCAUAGCUUAAUUUUUGAAAAUGUCACAUUGAUACAGUACAUAUGUAAUUGCAAUGUAAAUUUAUCUUGUAAAUCUAAUGUCAUAGGGUAUUUUUGUAUACAUCUGCUUAUGUGUUUCAUAUUCUUGACUGCUUUGCUCAGCAUUUCAUUGUAUUUUGGGCUGUGAGUGUCCCUGUAGCUUUUUCUAUAAUAUUUUUCAUCUCACAAAGCAUGUCUAUGAAUUGAACUGAUUCUGAUGACAAAAUUGAGAUUUUUGCCUGGUUAUGUAACAGACUCAGAUACAUAUUGUGCGUGUGGGUGUGAAUCAUUACAGUAUGUUCUGUUGUUGCUGGGAUUAUGAGAGUAAUUUGAUUAUUUGUUCCAUAUUUGUUUGUAAUUUCCACUAUACAAUAUCCUGUGUAUUGUGUGGUUGACAUGUCCACGUUGUAUGUUGGUUGACUGAAGCCAUGAUUUGUACAAAGCAAAUUAAAUUAUCCUUAUGGUUUUUCUACUGUAA